CUCACGCACAUUUCAAUUGCGCAAGUUUCAUCGUCUGGACGUACGUUCCUUACCUACUCACAAUGGAACGGCAAGUGCUCACCACACCCGGACACCGCACGCCAAGUCUACCCGGCGUCCGUUUAGGAAAUGGUCCGUUUUCAUUGACAUCAUAUUCGACCUCUACCUGGAGUACCUCCCUCUGCACCCCUCUCUUAUUCUCCAGUGACUUUUCAUCUUCUUAAUUGCCAAAACACUCCCGUCACAAAAUGAGCAUCACCACCGACGCCCAGCUGGAAGACUACCUCAAGUCCACCGGCAUCGAGUAUACGGCCAUCGAACAGCUCUCCGGCGGCACCGCCAACUUUGUCUGGCGCGUUACUCUUUCUUCUGGCCAGUCUCGCGUGAUCAAACAUGCCGAGCCGUACAUCAAAGAUGCAACCAUGAUGCUCUUCCCUGUUGACCGCGUGGACUUUGAGGCGCGCGCCCUGACUUUGAUUCCUGAGGCCAUGGCUUCCGGACCAACCCCCCACCACGCCCCACACAUCAGCAUCACGCUCCCAACCCUGCACCACCACGACACAACAACGCACACGCUGCAUCUGUCCGCCGGCGGCCCCAACACGCUCAAAGCCGCCUACGUCUCCCCCCGCCUCAACAUCCCCGCCAUCGGCGCCGCGCUAGGCACCUGGCUCGCCGCCCUGCACGCGCGCACCGCGCCCACGCCGCUCGGGAACAACGCCACGGGCACCAGCAUCUACCGCUACGCGUACACAGGCCUGCAUCGCGCGCUUGCUGCGCAUGGCUGUGACGCCGCGUUGGGGCAUGCAGUGAAUGCGGAGUUUGGUGGCUUGUUGAAGGCUGAUGAUGAGGGUGUGUGCCAUGGGGAUUUUUGGCCGGGGAAUGUCCUUGUGGAUGAUGGGAGGGACGGCAGUAAUGUUGAUGCUGGGUUGGGUGAGAAGUCUGGAGAGGGAGAUGGAGAGCAAGACGUCGCCCUCACAGUCAUAGACUGGGAGAUCUCGCGCCGCGGGCUCGGCGCCACCGACGUCGCGCAGUUCGCUGCGGAAGCGUACCUACUGGACCGGUUCCGGGGCGGCAGGGGCCUGCUGCCUGCGUUUCUGACGGCGUAUGUCGAGGCUGCGGGGCGCGAGGGCGACAGCAACACGAACUCACCCGACAGCAAUAGCAACUCCAGCCCCCUCUCCGGCAGCCACAGCUACGGCUUCAUUACUGAUACAGAGGCGUUCGUGCGCAGAGCAGUUGUGCAUUUCGGCGUGCACGUCGCGUUUUGGCCUACCUGUGUCGAGUGGGGCGAUACGGGCGCGACGGAGGAACUGGUGCGCUUGGGGUGCGAGAUUAUGGAGAUGGGGAGGCGGGGCGAUUGGGAGGGCGUGAGGGGGUCUCCGGUGGGAGCGCUGGUGGAGAUUUUGUAGUAGGGAACGGGGAUGUGCAGUCUUCGAGACCUGCCAUCAGCGCUGUUGCAAGGAGCUUGAUAUCAUG